AUGCGGCUUCUCGUCCAGUCGGGGGUGCUACUGCUCGCGCUUUUCGCCGGGUGUCUCGCCGACGAUACCAAGCCGCAUCUGGAGGAUGAGUUGCGCCCUGGCUGCAAGGGACAUCACUCGUGGGAGUCACCAUUGCCCGUGUCCCUCGUCUUUCUCGUUGACCGAUCGGCCGGCGAUGUCAAGGCCUCGAAGACGAGCUUCUUCUACAGCACCAUCGCCUGCGUGCUGCCCGCCGAGGCAAAGUUGAUGUUGAUCGAUCUGCCGAUGCGCGAGGCACCCGUCUGGACGGACAGCAAGGGCUUAAGGUUGGCCCUCAACGGCUCGGCACCCAUUUCCAAAGCCUCGUUCGGCGACGAUGUGCGGAACGUGCAUCUCAUUCUGGUCACGGACCAAGAAGAGUUGGAACGCCACCCAGACUGCGACAUCCGGAAGCACUUCUCGUCGUUUGCCCAUCGACUCGGAAGCGUGGAUCCGUUGCGUGUGCAUUUGGAUACGAUUCUCGUCGGCUCGGAGCGUAAACUCCCCGGGAAACGCGCGACGAUCCCGGCGUGGACGACGAUCUUUGAGAAAUUCGGCGAGAAACAGUACGUGAGGGAGGACUCGUACAAGGAGAAGCGCUAUGGUGACGUGGUCGACGAGUUUUCCGCGUACAUUGACAAGAUAUUCACGGAGACGCGCCUCGUUAAUGAUGUGCUGAUUGGGGGAAGAAAAGGAGGAGAAGCGGAUGGGACCGAUCGACACCACCAUCACGCACAACAAAG